AUGACAAGUAUCCUUCUGGAUUGCCUAAAGCUGAACUUCGUCAUUGGGAAACAUGGUCGCGAGACUAAGCAGAUGUUCAAGACAACGAAGACAAAACAGGUUCGAGAAUGGAUAGACCAUAUCUCUAAGCUUGACUAUGCGCGAGCAGUCUCCCUGCUGAAGAAAGAGAAUGCUUUUCUUGCAGGCCAGGAAAUCCUCAAAAAAUAUCAUGACACAGCCAUCUGGUCAAUUAUCACGAAGGGGGCUGAGCUACUUGACUCGACAACGUUGCCUACCGCAAGAGGCCCCCUUGAUGAGUUUAGCAUGGCUGAAAAAGUCGCAACGAGAAAAUUUAUGGAAGAAGUCGGGUACGGAACUAGCCCACAAAAUCAGCGAUUAUGGUGUAAUCUCUGGAAGAACCUGUUCCAAAUGCGCAAGGCUGGCGUUCACAGAAUACUCUUUUAUCGAACAAAAGAGUUUGAUGAAUAUUGUAAGGGGUACCCCAGACCCAGUGAGAUCUCUCUUUUGGACAUGGUUUUGUCAUGGGAAAACACCUACGGCCCUCAGAUCGAACUGCUUGAACACAGGGCAGCACAGUGGAGUCAAGGCGACUUCACGGGUCAGGUAUACCUAGAAGACCCGAAUGUGACUCAAAGGCUGGAAGUACAGCACAUGUUAUGGAACAAUGCUGCUAAUGACUGGCUAUCCUCUGACGAGGAAUCUGCUGCUCGGCUGGCUGGGCUCAAUCGAGAUAUACCCAGCCAGUUGUGGAGCCCUUUCGAUAUCAACACCAUAUCGGAAAAUUCGGCAAAUAAAUCUAGUUUUAUCUCCCUUGUGCCUGCAGAUGAUAAGCGGCUCAUGGUCUGUCCCAUCAUUCCGGUACGAAAGGGGGACUUUCUGGGGGUCUUCGCCGGGACGAUCCGCUUCUCAGACAGUUUUGAUCUUGUACAUGGUAUCCGAGGGCCAGCUGAGAAGCUUUGGCUUGACUACUCGAAGGUCACUGGACCAUUGAACCAGAUGCGAGCCUUGCAGUCUGGCAGCGAUGCAAACGUGCAGCUACAGUGGGAACUGAUCAACGAGGAAGAUGAAACACAGUCCAGGCUAUCUUGGAGGGUAUCUGUCAGAGCUCUUCGAGUCAUCGUGCCGUUCCAGGAGAUAGUUAGGGAGCAAUAG